CAGCUGGUCCAGCCUUGGGAGAAUAAAGGACUUGGGUCGGCUGGCAACAAUCAGGUCUUGUUCAUAAGCCGGAGGGCCCAUUCCUUCUCUUCGUAGAUAGCAAAUGAGUUGAUCUUGAGAAAUUCCUUGGUAUUCAUGUGGUCGAGUGGACCUAUAUGAUUCCUUUAUUCCUGGGGUUGGUUGUCUUAUUAUGGCUGAAAAUGACAUAGAUAGAAUCCAGACUGAGAAACUCCUAAAAAGAGUGCAAGAACUGGAGCAGGAGGUACAAAGACUUAAAAAAGAACAGGCCAACAACAAAGACUCACAUGUUAGAGAAAAUUCUUUAGGAGCUGGAAAAGCUAAGCGUGCAUUUGAUUUCAGUGCUCAUGGUCGAAGACAUGUAGCCCUAAAGAUAGCCUAUCUGGGCUGGGGAUACCAGGGCUUUGCCAGUCAGGAAAACACAAACAAUACAAUUGAAGAGAAACUGUUUGAGGCUCUAACCAAGACUCGACUAGUAGAAAGCAGACAGACAUCCAACUAUCACCGGUGUGGGCGAACAGACAAAGGAGUUAGUGCCUUUGGACAGGUGAUUUCUCUCGACCUUCGUUCUCACUUUCUGAAGGGCAGGACUUCAGAGGAUUUUAAUGUAAAAGAUGAAAUCAACGAUGCUGCUAAAGAGAUUCGUUACACCCACAUUCUCAAUCGGGUACUCCCUCCAGACAUCCGUGUACUGGCCUGGGCCCCUGUGGAACCUAGCUUCAGUGCUAGAUUCAGCUGUCUGGAGCGGACUUACCGCUAUUUUUUCCCUCGUGCUGAUUUAGACAUUGUAACCAUGAACUAUGCAGCUCAGAAGUAUGUUGGCACACAUGAUUUUAGGAACUUAUGUAAAAUGGAUGUAGCCAAUGGAGUCAUUAAUUUUCAGAGGACUAUUCUGUCUGCUCAAGUACAGCUAGUGGGCCAGAGCCUGGAUAAUGAGAGAUGGCAAGAACCUUUCCAGUUAUGUCAGUUUGAAGUGAUUGGCCAGGCAUUCCUUUAUCAUCAAGUCCGCUGUAUGAUGGCUAUCCUUUUUCUGAUUGGCCAAGGAAUGGAGAAGCCAGAGAUUAUUGAUGAGCUGCUGAACAUAGAGAAAAACCCCCAGAAACCUCAAUACAGUAUGGCCGUAGAAUUUCCUCUGGUCUUGUAUGAUUGUAAGUUUGAAAAUAUCAAGUGGAUUUAUGACCGGGAGGUUCAGGAGUUCAAUGUUACCCAUCUACAACAACUAUGGGCUAAUCAUGCUGUUAAAACACACAUGUUGUAUAGCAUGCUACAAGGACUGGACUCCGUUGCAGUACCCUGUGGGACAGGACCAAAGAUGGAUGGAGUGAUAGAAUGGAGAAAUGUUAAGCCUUCUGUCAUAAAGCAGACCAGUGCCUUUGUAGAGGGAGUGAAAAUGCGCACAUAUAAACCCCUCAUGGAUCGUCCUAAAUGCCAAGGAUUAGAAUCCCGGAUCCAGCAUUUUGUACGUAGGGGACGCAUCGAGCACCCACAUUUAUUCCAUGAGGAAGAAACAAAAGCCAAAAGGGACUGUAAUGAUACAAUGGAGGAAGAAAAUACUCUUUUGGAGAAACCAACAAAGAGAGUCUGUGUUGAUCCCAAAAUUAAAAGCAUCAGUUAACCAUAACAGGAUCUAGGAGGCAACAACUAGCUAGUGGUAGGUGAAUAAAAAAGAAAUACAAGAUAUUAUGUACUUCAAGAAGUCCUAAAAUUCAGAUGAUCGGUUCUUUGAAAAAACAAAACAAAAUACCACCCCCCCCAAACCCAAAGACCAUUAAGCCCUAUAAAGGAAGUUCUAGCUUGAAUAAGAGUUCAAACAUUCUCAUUCCUUCCCCCAAAAGGAUUAAGAGAUCGAAGAAGCAAGAAGCAACAGUGAAAUGGAGAGGAGUUUACAUACACAUGGAAACCUGUGCCUUGUGUUCAAAUUCAUUAAAGCCUGCUUCUGCAAGUAUCUAAUUUGUUAUGCUGUCUUUUUAAAAAGCAAAUGAGAUACUCAUUACUCAUCUGAAUUCUCCAAAGAGCUUUGCCUGAGUGUCUUAUUUUUUAAGAGAGAAAUUAAAAAUAAGAAAUUUAGUCAGUUAAAUAUUUCAUACAUUGCUUUAUGAAAGGCACACUACCUGAAAGUGACCUAACUGAAUAAAAGCACAGCAUCUCUUAAAAAGCUUAUCAGUCUAGUGCUGUGAGCCACAAAUGGUCUUGGUUACACAGUCUUUUUUUUUUUUUUUAAUAUAGAUUUUAUUUAUUUGAGAGAGAGCACGAGCAGCGGGAAGGGGGAGAGGGAGAAGCAGACUCCCCUUGAGCAGGGAGCGCAAUUCGGGACUCGGAUCCUAGGGCCCUGGAUCAUGACCUGAGUCGAAGGCAGAUGCUUAACUGACUGAGCCACCCAGAUGCCCCUAUCUUUUUCUUCUUCACAACCUUUUUACAUAUGUAAAAAAAACAUUCUUAGCUUAGUUCAUGAGCCAUAUAAAAAUAGGCCAUGGAGUUUACCACCCCCUGGUGUAGUGGUUUAGGGAAAAUUCUUAUAAAGAGAUUUCCAAGCUAAAUCUUGCACAACAAGUAGGAGCCAGUUAAAGUGGGGAUAAAGAAGAACUUUAAGUGUGUCCAAGGCAGAAGAUGCAGUUUGUAUAAAGCGUGAGAGAUUUACCUGCAGGUAAUUGUAAAUACAGGAGUACAGCUUGACAUUGACAAGAGCAUAGUUUAGAAAAGGAAGCAAGGAUCAUGUUUGUAGAGUCCUGUAGGCCUUCCUAAAAAGCUUACAUUUUAUCUUGAGAGGCCACUGAAAAAAAAAAAAAUACAAGCCAGGACUGUGUAGCAAAAAUACUGCUCUGGGUAUGGUGUGGACUGGAAGAGGGCAAGAUAGUGGGACCAGUUAGGAGGCUGUUAGAAUAAUUGAAGAAUUAGAUGAUGAUGGCCUAGACUAGAUUUGUAGUAAGGGGGAUGGAAAGAAGUAGAUGAAUUUGAAAUUAAGAAAGGAGAAGCAACAGGGUUUUAUGGUUGAAUGAAUGUGAGGUUCAAAAGUAGGGAGGCUUUCAGGAUAACACCUAGGUUUCAGACUUAAGCACAUCUGAGACACAAGGGUCAGGAAAAUAAGGUGGGGCUUUAUUCUCAAAGAUGAUAAGUAACCCUCAAAAUACUAUUAACACCAAUAUUUACUCAAAAGAGUUCAAAAUUCUUUUAAAAUGAUAUAUUAGCUCUUAUAGCCAUUAAAAUAAUAAACAUCAAGUGAACUCAGACCUUUUGCCUCAAUAACAAUUUUCAUCACUGCAGAGUGUAAUACUUCUGUACAGUUAUGAAAUAAUUAUACUGUAUGUUUGAGAUUCAAAGUUUUACUUACCAAUCAACAAACAGUUUGUUCCUACUUAGGUUCAAAACCCCAGGGAUACAAAUAUGGUUUAUAUCCUCAAGCUGCUGGCUAAGACAACAUACAAGAUAAUUACAAACAAUAUUAACAUACAGAGUAAACAGACCGUGUUAAGUGCCACAGAAGCUUAGUAGUGGGUGGGCCACAGAAACAAGACUUAACUGAAAAAGUUCCAGGUUUAGGAUGUAAAACAGUGUAAGAAAAGUCAAGUGACCUUGUAGUACUGAAGACGACACAUAAUAGCUUUUACAUUCUAGCAGAGCAGGAACUGGGAAAGAUCCUCAUUUUAGAGAUGGAAAAAUUGUGGUACAAAAUAACUAAGGUUUAUUCUUACUAGCCAAUUGGCACAAUCCAGGUCAUCUGGAUUUUGAAUCAAGUCAUUGGUUUUUGGAACCUGAUGUGCCAACAUUUCAUAAUGCCCUGAAUGUUCUUAAAAUAUUGCUUUCUCCUUUAAUUUUGAUGUAAGGACAAACCAAAACAUUUCAUUUUUUUCAACUUCCUACCUUAUUUCAGUGUACCUCCACUGCCCUUAGUUUUCGAGUUAAAGAAAAACCUGGAAAGAGAACGGAGUUUGUGAAAUCACUAUUUAAAAAACAUCAACUCUAGGGGCGCCUGGGUGGCUCAGCCAGUUGGGCGACUGCCUUCAGCUCUGGUCAUGAUCCUGGGGUCCCGGGAUCGAGCCCCACGUCGGGCAGCCUGCUUCUCCCUCUCCCUCUGCCUGCUACUCCCCUUGCUUGUGCUCUCUGUCAAAUGAAUAAAUAAAAUCUUAAAAAAAAUAAAAAUAAAAACCAUCAACUCUGAAGAAAUGAUACAUGGGACAAAAAACACUAACUAAAAAGCCAUGCUUUGGAGAUUCUACAGAAGCAAAGGAAUUAGAAGAUCAAGGUCUUAUAUCUUAAGUAAAAUCCUUUCAAGGUUAAUUGGACCAUACUAUCAAAUCUAGUAGAAUAAGCAUUUAGUGAUAAUAUUUUUUGAUAACAUGUUACUAUAGAUAAACUCAGGACAAUCAUCACAGAUGAAGCAAUGAUGAAUCCCAAAAUGUAACUCUGCAAAAGUACCUAAGUUAUCUGAGGGAAUAUUUGUUAUAAAUUUCAGCUUUUGACUCAAGGUAUGGACUAAUAACUGUUAGAAAUAGGCCUUAGAUCUUCCUUUCUUCAUUGGAAAAAUGGAAUUAUUCCAAUAGGCGCUGAAGUUUAAAUGAGAUUAUACAUGUUAUAUAUAAAUAUGUAACAUGUAAUAUAUAUGUAACAUACAUAUAUAUAAAUAAAAUGGUGAUUUGUGAGCAGUAUUACACCAUUUAUUUCAAUGUUCAUGCAAUACAAAACUACCUACUAAAAAAUAAAGCAGGGACAGAAAUGGAAUAGGACUCUGGGCUAGGAGGAUCUCCAACACUAAGCCCAAAGAGAUUUUUUUAUGACAUAUGUACUACACUGUAGAGUGAUUAACCUGUUAUCUUCUUUGCAUUUAAAUUACGGCACACUCCCAUUCUUUUUCUUAAAUGUAUGAACAUGGGUUAUUUGUAAAUAACAAAAUAUAAACUUUAGUAAGGCUGACAGGUAACUUUAUUCUUUCUUUUUAAUAUAAAGGCCUGAUAAUCCUUUCCCUUUACUUAGGGGGAAACUUUCACAUAGAAGCUAGAGCAGCUUAUAUUUUGCAGAUUCUGAUAAUUUUUUUUUUUUUUU